AUGCCCUCUCCGGCGCCACCAGGCACCGCCCUCUCGACCCUGGCCACGUACCCGCUGGACCUGGUCAGCACGCGGCUCAAGGUGCAGCGGCAGCUGCAGCGGGACGGCAGCAUGGCGGCGGCGGACGCGUACGCCGGCGUGGCCGACGCCUUCCGCACCAUCUACGCGCGCGAGGGCGGGCCGCGGGCCUUCUUUGCGGGGCUGGGGGUGGAUCUGGGGAAGGGCGUGGCGGAUGCGGGGUUGUGGUUUGGGUUUUAUACCUGGUUCCGCGCGCGACGGCUGGCUAUGCGGAGGGAUGUGCCCCAUUUGAGUGGCUUCGAGGAGCUGGCGGUGGGCGCUGCCGCGGGGGCGUGCGCGAAGUUGUUCACCACGCCGGUGAGCAACGUGGUUACGAGGCGGCAGACGGCUAGUUUGCUCGACGGUGGUAGCGGCGGCGGUGACGACAAAGGGGAUAGUGACAACGCGGCACGGGACCUGAGCUUCGGCGAGAUAAUCUCCGAGAUGCGACGAGAACGAGGCGUGCUCGGUUUGUGGGCGGGCUACUCGGCUAGCUUGGUGCUGACGCUAAAUCCAAGCAUCACGUUCUUUCUGCAGCAGGUGCUAAAGAGGGCACUGGUGGCGAGAGAGCGGUGGGACGAGCCGGGCGCAUCAACGACAUUCCUCUUAGCUGCGGCGAGCAAAGUCAUCGCCACGAGCGCGACGUAUCCGUUCCAGAUCGCCAAGGCGCGCAUGCAGGUGUCGGCGGCGCCAGACGAUAAGGGGGAGGGCGGGAGGUCGGGAGGGAGGGACAACAUCUUCGCGACGGUGCUGAGGAUAGCGAGGGCCGAAGGGGGAAAGGCGUUGUAUGACGGGAUUGGCGGCGAGUUGCUCAAGGGCUUCUUCAGUCACGGCACGACCAUGCUGUCCAAGGACGUAAUCCACCGUUUCAUCGUGCAGCUUUAUUUCGCUAUCUUGGCCGUCUUGAAGCGCAAUCCUCACUUCAGGGCGAGGCUAUUUGCGAGGAUCAAAAAAGCCCGCGAAGAGGCGCGGGAACGGUACCUUCGGGCUUCGUCAUCAGGGGCCCAACGAACUCCGCCGGGGAGCACGCUAUGUCAAGGAUGCAGUUGA